AUGUAUAGGGAGGCAACGGAUACACGUUCAUGGGAGCGGAAGUCAAGCACACAAUCAGGAUCGGAAGUAAUUCCGGUGACCGAACACUGUGAUGGUAUUGUUAGCCGAUCUGCUGAAUAAUAAUUGGCAUUCGGUGCAUUUACAUGGUCACGAUUGCAGAGUGUCAAUAUCUUUCCGGAUGGAAUGGAAACGUCAUUCGGUGGCUUUGCUUCAUGAUAUAGUGUUCGUUCAGUGUUUGCCGUGAAUCUAUACCUGUGACUUCAUCUUUCCGAAGGUACGUGCGUAUUAAAGGUGAAUCUUUUUGUCUUUGAGUGUAAUAAAAAUUUUUUUAUAUGAUCGUAUACAUUACAAUCUCUGUUUAUAUUUAAAUGGUACUUGAGAUAAUUUAUCUGGAACGAAGGAUGUCAAACAACAAAGAGGGUUGCUAUCACAAGUGUCGCAAAUUGACAGAAAUACACGUAUACCUGUAUAGAAUCUGAGAAUUGAAAUCACUAUUUUUGUAGAAUGUCUUACACAUAACAAUUUUCGAUUAUCUUAAAGGCAAGUCACAUAUGAAGAUGUGACAGGAAAUAUACGUGAUACAUUCGUUUUUGAAAAUUUUAUUGUCAUUCGAAGCACGAAGUAAGAAACUAAAAAAUUUAGUUUCGAUAUCGCACUCUUUUUUGUUUCAUUCUCUUCUUUUCAUUACAAUCUCAAUUAAACCGGAAAAAGGAAUGGUAUUUGUAUAUUUUCCUUUGAAUAUUUCAAGUUUUUGUCCGUUUCUUCUUCUAAUUCGAAAAUGACGAUAAUUAAAAUGACUGCUUUUAUAUUAGUUCUGAACAUUUUACGAACCAAAUUUACGAUAAAUUUAUCACAAUUUUCGUUGCCUUUCUUUCGGAAGAAGAUGGGUUGCGCACCCAGUGGACGAUCGUGCAAGAAGGGUGGUAUUCGAUUAAUGGCCACGAAGCUUACUUUCACCAAGGAUCAACUGCACAAUCUGAACACGUAUUUCUCCAAACUGGUCGACGAGUCUCAAAAUGAUUCCUCUAAUGUUUUUGCGAUCGAAGCUAUCGUGGAAAGACUGGUUCAACGCUUGAUGCGAGGCGCUGCCAACCUCGAUCGAAGAUUCUCAUCUGUGUUUCUCGUUUCAUUAAACGAACCGCGGCGAAUAAAGCAAGCUAAAUUCGAAUAUCUGCUGCGGAUAGAUGCAUUGUCGACUUCCAGUGUAGGUCCUGAGCAGGGACGUUCAGUAGUGUGCGUCGAAGAGGAUGCUUCUCUACCAGGCUUUAUUCGGUUGAAAGUACUUGACGUUGGAGCAGAAGUUUGGCGAGAGUACAUGGAUGUCGCGGGAAGAUUGAGGAGGGAUCUUGUAAAAGCCAAAUUAGCAAAUUUAUUGGCUACAGCUAUUAAACAAGACGCUGUUGGUGACCCGGCAGAUGAUAGAAAUUGUGAAAUCUCACCUGGCCAAGUUGUCGAUGCUGAAACUCUCGACAAAAUACUGAAGCAACCAGACCACAGUCGAAUAUUCUACGGGCCAGCCGUUGUUUCGGAUGGAUCGUUACCGGAACCGAGAAAUCAUCGAGUGGCCAUGAUCGAAGAUUCUAGUGGUAUACUGCUUAGAAUCGGGUUGGAUGGAUUUAAAGCUCACGAAGUUGAAGUCAGACUACUAAUCGGUAUUGGAGUGUCGUCAUGGCCCAGUUUAACCGACUAUCCUCAACGAAUAUCACUCUAUCAUUGUGACGCUCUUCUUCACUAUACUGCAGCUCAAAGUGGCAUGUACGCGGUGGCCGUUGGUCCGUACUGUGGUGCACGUUGCGAAAACCGAGCAACUCUCUGGAGAAUACGUGUUCCGGCAGCCGAGAAAAUUAUGAGUCAACACUAUGCCGCUGACAGUGUACCAGUCCUCACUGAAUCUGUGCUUCUAGAAAUUUUGUACCAGUUGCGCGAAGGACAUACUUUGAAUUUAUCAAUGAGAUCAAAGGUAACGCGGAGAAACGGUUCCUCGUCUCCAGAUCGUUUACGAGUGGUUUCCAGACACAUUCUGAGAACUGUGCACCGAUGGUCCCUGGAAAGGGCAGGACCGGAUCCGCUGACGAGCUGGGCGCCCGGUACCCUUUCAUGCCAUGUUCUGUUAGCGUUGGACGAGUUGGUCGCCGCUCUGAAAUGCCAGAGCCUAAGGUGUUACUUUCAUCCGCGUUGCAACGUGAUGCUACAGUGCGUGAGAGGCGGAAUAUCGUAUCACGAGGACGCUUACGCCUCUGAUUAUCGAUUGUUAGAAUUUUACUUGGAAACGCUUCAUUAUCGUUCCUUCUCCAUGAUAUGCGAUGCACCAAGACCUUUAGACAUUAUGGAGAGCGAGCUCAUUGUUAGAUGGCGAGACAUCAUUGCCACGUUGCCCAGAGGAAAUCCCAAUGAGGAUUACGGAUAUAGCCAGAAACAAUUGGAAUAUUUUAGUAUGAUUUUGGAGCAAGUGCUGCGAGCAAAGGACGUUUUAUUACAGGACCACUUGGACAACCGUAGUUACUCGAAUUUCCCGGAAUUGUCCUACUGUACUACGGAACAAGUGGAGAAUCUCGUGUUCCUGUUGAAACUAAUUUUAACACAGGCGAAAAAUCACAGUCAUCCGAUAGCGGAACGCAAGUUGCGAAUGCGUGGUCGUCAUAAAGAGUCGAAAAGCAGGAAACAUUACAACACGAGCAGUCAAUUCGAUUAUUCGGUCGGAUUGUUAAUUGAUAUUAUUAGAAGGGAUAGAGAAACAGCCAAUACGGAUCUGGAAGCUUUUCCAAUAAUGACCAAAAUGCUUUUACAGUGGUUGUACUUUGGCAUGGACUAUGAUCGAAAGUAUAUCGAGCCCAUUCUGCGUCCGUAUCUGAACAAUCUUUUCAACAGUUUUCACGAAUAUGGUUGGUGCGCGAUAUCUUGGAAGAAGCGACAGGAGAUGUACACGUCCGAGAUGCAAUCGUUAUCGACGUUCUGUAAAUCUGUGAUAACCGAGGAAAUAUCACCUGCUAACGGACUCGUGGACUAUCUGUCAAAGGGUUGGCGUUGGGCAGAAAAUAUGACAAAAAUGAUCGAACGUUCGGGGAAUUCACUGCGCCUGAUUUUUCUUCCUGCGAACAGGACGAUCAAAUACAACUUAACUUUUACAGAGAACAAGAGUCUCAGCUCGUUCUCCACGUGGAGCAAGGCUAGAAGUGUUAGUACGAUCGUGAGAAGAAAAAGUAUACAUUGCAGAACUAGCGAGUUAAUUGAUUCUUUAUUGAAGUUGCAAGGAACUUCAGUCGAGAAUAAAGGGGUUGCAGGACACGCGGAAUUGAGGGAUACCAGCCCUUUGACAUAUGUCGCGUUGAUGAGCAGAUUGCGAGCUCGACACCGAGGUCCUGGCGAUCUGAUCUCCGCUAUGAUCUCCCUCGGCAAGUUCCGGGUCCUGCAAGAAAUCGCCGCUCUUCUGCCGCGGGAGGAGCAAGUGGUCGUGUUGGACAUGGUGCAACGCGCGGCCAGAGAAUCCUCUCGUCGCUCGAGGAAGACCACCUGCGCGUACACGUCCAAUUCACCGAGGCAAGUGUACAGGCCGAGACCGGAGUCGAAUCUGCUGGAUUCGCCGGUGCAAUCAUCGCCAGGAAUUCGCGAGCGGCGAAUCAUCGCGGAGCACCAGAGGCAGCUGGAGAAAGAGAUACAGGAGAUGCACGACACUCUGAGGCGUAACGCGUUGAGAAGACGACGUCCGUGCAACGUCUGGGACUCGAACUCGCUGUCCUCUUGGAAUUCCUCGAUCGAUUCUAUCGCCGGAACGAUCAGCCUCCGGAGAUACCGCGCCCCAAUAUGGGACGCUGUCAAAGGAAGUUCGCCGGCUGGCUCCAGCCUGCUCGCUGACGGUAAUAUCGAGAAAAAUAAAUUCGACGAGAUGAUCAGCCGAGAGGAGUCGCCGACGUGGAGCACGCAGGACGCUCGAAGGAAGUUGGACCACUCCGAGUCGAAGAAUGGAGACGAAUUGCCAUCUUGGGACACGCUCGAGGCGACUCUGAAUAGAAGGCUGUGUAAUUACGGCAACGCCCUGUUAGAAUCUCCGGAAAUGGACGAAAGUAUUGGAAGAAACUGCGUGGCCAAGUCGCGCGAAUAAUUUCCUUCGUGAUAGUAGUUAGAUGCUCGCGGC